AUGUGCACCCAGCAGAUAACGACGCAUGCGCCCUGCGGGCAUCACACGAGACCCAAGCCGAGGUAUUGCAGAUACAGGUUCAACAUCGGGCAUCUCAUCUCCUGCAUCAUGGUGCGUUCGGAAGCGCAAUGCUCGAAGAGAAAGUGCCCAUUUCAGACGGGGGAGGGAGAAGGGACGAAAGGGGUGGCUGAGGCACAGGGAGCCGCCGGGCUGAGGAGGACGAGCAGUGUUUUGAGUGAGCUCAGCUUGGUCGAGGUGGAGAUGCAAGGGGAGAGCGAGUGGAGGAAGAAGCUGAGAGGGAGGGUGAAGAAGGAGAAGAAGGAGAGAGAAAAAGAGAGGGACGAUGAAGAAGGAGAGAGGAAAGGAGAGGGAGAAGACGAGGGAGCUUGGCUGGGCCUGGAAGCGAAGAAGGGACGGGCAGUGGUGGGUUUGGAGGCGGCGGGACGAAGUGCGGGAAAAGGCGAAACCAAAGGGGACGGGGUCGUGAGGUUGGAUUUGCAGGUGGGAGAAGAGGCAAGAGAGAAGACGGAGUGA